AUGGCUACAGCAAUAGAGACGAAACUUUAUGUAACGAAUUUUCCGAGUUCAGCUACUCGACAACAAUUGCAACAAUUUUUCUCACGUUUCGGUCGAGUACAAGAAUGUGCAAUCAUGUGGAAUUCAUAUGCCUUUGUUCACUACGCGACGAUGGAAGAAGCUCGUCAUGCUCUUGAACAAUCGAAUGGUGCCAUGUUUCUCAAUCGAAAACUGAUUGUUCAACUAUCGACAUCACGUUUUCGUCCACAACCAAAGGAAACUCAUGCUUCUAUAUCUCAACCACCUGAACAACUUAUGCUUCUCGAUCCAUCUUCGACUCUAUCCUAUUAUCAUACCAGCCUAAAUCAACAAUCUGUAUAUCCCGAGCUUCAAAUGACGACAAAUACUCUUCAACAGCAAUCUCCACCAGCAAAACUUUCAGAUAAUUAUAAGUUUUUUCGUCCUCCAUCACCCCUCUCUCAAACGUUGACGAAUCAUUACAAUUCAUAUCCCAACCUUCCAACCGAGCAAAUGGCAGCAUUGGCAUUGAAACUAAAUCAUAUGAAACCAAAUAAACUGAUUAAAACAGACACGGGCAGCAGUGGAGAAUUACCAAAAUUGUAUUGUACUAAUUUACCAGAUAAUUGUAAAGCAAAUGAAUUGCAGCAAUUAUUUUCUGCAUUUGGCUAUGUAGUGGACUGCGUGAUCCUUUGGGAUUAUUAUGCAUUUAUAACAUUUAAAACAUUUACAGAAGCAGAGCGAGCUUUAAUGGCACUGAAUGGAUUUGCGUGGAAAGAUCGACACCUCAUUGUUGAAUGGUCACGCGCAUCUGGACGAAAACAACAGCAAGCGCAAGUAUCACCUACCAAUUCGACACCACCGAGACUUAAUUCAUUUACUUCUGAAAUGUCAACUCCAUCGUCGCCCCGUACUCGCCCAUCAACAUUGUUGACUCAAUCAUGUCCGACAAACAACCAAUUCUACAACAGUCACUCGCCAAUGAAAGCUCAUCAGACGUUCAAUCAAAAUCUGGCUCUCAUGACAAUUAUGCAAGAGCAACAGCAAUCAUUUUUACAGCAACAUCCCCAUCACCAUCUAUUCACUACCACUAACAAUGAAAAUCAGCCAAUUUUUGAUAACUUAACAAAUUCUUCAUCGAACCAUCGACUUGACCUCUCACCAUUCAUUGAUACGAACUCAAUUUUCUCGUCGUCAUCGGAAUUGAACACUCCAUCAUCGACUACGUCGCAAUCAAAAGUUUACCAACCAUCUGAUAUUGUUGCUUUACUUGAAUCGUCGUCAUCUGACCAACCUGUUCAGAAUAAACCAGCUGAUAAUUCAAUUAAUGAUGUAACUAAUACAUUCAAUGCUGUUCCUCCAUCGUGUUCAUCAGCUGUCUGUCAAGAAACUCUUCUUUCCUCGUUAUUCAAUGCUUUCGAUCCGUUCAAUAAACUCUAUUCAAAUGAUAAUCAAUCCUCACGUUACAAUCAUCUCUCUCCAUUAAUUACAACCGCACCCGAUAAUACUCAUUAUCCUCUUUCCUAUGGUCAUAAUCUGGUUUGA